UUUAAAAUCUCUGUCUCUCGGCGGCGUUAGCACACACACACACACACAGCACUUUCCAAAUUGACUACAGUAUCCAUCCGUAAACGGAGCGGGAUCCAGAGAGAGGGGACAAAGAGAGAGAGAGAAUAAAGACAAAAAUCGAUAGAGAGAAAAAAAAGAAUCGGGGUGGGGAGUACAAAAAGGGAACUCUACAGAUCCGAUGUGAAGAUUACUGUAACCAUGAGUGAGUGAGUGCGUGGCGGAUCAUGAGGGAAUUUGUGAGUGAAAGGUUUUAGAUUUGUCAGGGCGGUCGGUACGUGGUCAAGCGCCGAUUACUCUUGGGGGAGAGGAGAUAUCAGAUCAGAUUAUACAUCGAAAUCGCCCAAUUGACAAGAGGCAGCCGUGAGGAACAGGGGAGGGGGGGGGGGGGAAAAGAGGGAGGUGGAGAAAAAAAGUCAGAUUUGUUUUGAAUUUUUUUUUUAAAAAACAGUGCGAGGAGUCCGGGACCCACACACAAUUCGAGCGGGAAUGACAUGACCAGCCGGUGCUGGGUUAGUGCGGACUCCGAGAUAAGGGUUAUAAGGACGGGAGAGAGAGAGAGGGAGGAAGGGAUUCUUAACCACGUUCAAAUCAAGUCGGGAAUAAAGAGGUUAGGAACAGAGGGGGGAAUAUAGGGAAAAGAAUAUAGCGGGAGGCGAGUUGGACUGGGGUAAUUGUACUUUCAUAACGGGCACAGAAUUAGUUAGACAGGAUAUCAGGAGCGAGGGACUAGUAGAGACGAUAAAGACCGGAAUUUAGCAACUGAACGAAAAGUCGAAUUCAGAUUGAUCUGCUGGUCUCCAGUUCCCGGGAAAAGGUUACAGUGUCCACCGGGAGCCAUGGCUUCGUUCGGGAAGUACACUCACGCCAUCGUCAGGGGCAUCCCGGCCGGAGUGGGGGUGAAGGACGGGGAGGAGAGCGAGGGCUGCGGGCUGGACGCUGCGAAACUGCACCGCCAGCUCGGCGUUUACACCGGGAUCCUGAGGCAGAAACUGGGCCUGCAGGUGAUCGAGCUGCCGGCCAGCGAGCAGCCCGGGCUGCCCCUCAGCCUGUGUGUGGAGGACGCCGUGGUGGUGCAAGGAGACACCGCUCUUCUGACCCGCCCCGCAGACCCGGACAGGAGGAAAGAGGUGGCGACGGUGAAGAAAGUUCUGGAAGAGCUGAAGCUGCGUGUGUUCGAAGUGACGGAUGAGAAAGCCACGCUUGAUGGCAGCGAUGUCUUCUUCACAGGCCGCGAGUUCUUUGUUGGGAUCUCCAAGUGGACCAAUCACAAAGGAGCGGAGUAUGUGGCGGAAGCAUUCAAGGAUUUUACGGUGUCCGUUGUGCACAUUCCUGAGCCCCAUCAUUUGAAGAGUUUCUGCAGCAUGGGUGGACCCAGCACCAUUAUCAUAGGGAACAGUGAAGUUGCUCAAAAGGUCAUCAAGGCGAUGGAGCAGCUAACGGACUAUCAGUACGACAAACUGAGCGUACCAGAUGACGCUGCGGCCAACUGCAUCUAUGCACGCGUUGGCAACAAAUGCAAUGCCUUGGUCCACCGGACAGCGGAUGAGUUUCCGGAAAGUUCCAAGGUCUUCAAGAAGCUUCCAGACUACACAUUGAUUCCAGCGUCCUGCACGGAAGUGGCUAAACUGGGAGCAUCCCUGAGCUCCUGUUCCAUUUUAAUCAAUAAGAAGUUUGAAUAUUAGAGUCAACAUGGGAGGGUG